AUGGCGCGAACCAAGAAACGUGCGCGAAUGGAUCCCGAAUUGUCGCAGUCUCAGCCACAGCUUCAUACCAAGCGACAGAGGGGACCGAACGCCAUGACAGCGCAAGCGGAAGAGGGGGCCGACGACACUACUGCGACAGACGAUGUGCGAUAUAUGAGAACGCAGCCAAAGGCCCAGGCACCUACCGAAAGCUCCCGAGCCAAGUCCUUUCCCAGUCAGACGUCUGAAGUCAUUGACUUGACGCUGAGCGACGAGCUCGACGAUGUAUUCCCCGCAUAUUCGUCCAGGUCAAAAGCUCUCCAGGAUCACGCCGAAGAGCAGCGCCACUCAAAGUACGCUCUACAGAACAAGACGACCGGAAAACUUGGCGAGCGCUCUCUAGGUCAAUCCAGCGGCGGGCAGGGUACUGAAAUCAACGAAGGCGAAGAACGAUGGGCCAUUCCCUCACUAUCUGCAGAUGUCCUUGCCCAGCGGCGCCAACAAAAGAAACAGGAGAGGAAGAGGCAGAGGAAGGAGGCGGCCAUUGACGUCAUAAACGCCCAACGCUCCUAUGCGCCGGUCAUGUUCACCCUCUCAGAGGCAGUAGCCUUUCUCUGGCAACCCCAGCUAGCGAUCACCUACGAUCUUCCGACUGGCGACUAUGUACCUUGUCAGUAA